UCCUCCCAGGCUUCAUCAGUCUGCUGCGGGGAGAAUAACAAGAGCGAGCCUCCUACCAGGAACCAGGACUACUGACAGAAACAUGUCUCUGGAAACUUCAGCCACAUUCUCUGUUCUCCUGCUCAUCAUCAUCAUCUCAUCGACAGCGGCCCUGGACUGUUCCCAGCCCUGCGCCUGCCCUGCAGACCCCCCACCACCCUGCCCAGUGGGGACCAGUCUGGUCCUGGACGGCUGUGGCUGCUGUAAGGUGUGUGCCAGGCAGCUUGGGGAGCCCUGCUCUCUGCUGGAGCCCUGCGACCAUCACAAGGAGCUCUACUGUGACUACACCCUGCUGAGUGACACGGAGACCGGCAUCUGCAUGGCUCAGGAGGGUCAGACGUGUGACCUGGGGGGUGUAAUAUACCGCAGCGGAGAGUCCUUCCAGCCCAGCUGUAAGCACCACUGUGUGUGCAUGAACGGUGAGAUCGGAUGCGUGCCGACGUGUGCCAGCGACGUCCGGCUGCCCUCCCCCGACUGCCCGUACCCGCACCCCGUCCAGAUCCCCGGGAAAUGCUGCGAGGAGUGGGUGUGUGACCAGUCGCCUCGAGAUCACCACUACCAGUCGGUGAUGGCCGGAGCCUCUCAGAUUCACCCGUUGCCGUCUUCACAUCCUGCCUCAGUCUUCAGACGAGUGUCUCCUCAUCACGGACUGCAGGCAGAGAGCCCCAGAGACAACUGUAUAGUCCAGACUACGGAGUGGAGCGAGUGCUCGGCCAGCUGCGGCAUGGCCGUCUCGUCUCGCAUCACCAACGACAACCGGCGCUGCCAGCUGGAGAGGCAGACCAGGAUCUGCAUGGUCCGACCCUGCAACAGCCAGCAGGAGCAAGAAAUCAAGAAGGGGAAGAAAUGCAUCCGAACACCAAAGGCCCAGCGAGGGAUGCACUUCGAGCUGUCGGGCUGCUCCAGCACCAAGCUGUACAGACCAAAGUUCUGCGGAGUCUGCACGGACGACCGCUGCUGCACGCCACACACGACCGUCACGGCCGAGGUGGAGUUCCGCUGUCCGGAGGGAGAGGGAGUCUUCACCAAGAAGAUGAUGUUCAUCAAGACCUGCUCCUGCCACCGUGACUGUCCACAAGACAACGACAUCUUCCUGGCGUCCAACACGCGGAGGAUGAUCGGAGACUAUGAUAAUGACAUGUGAUGGGAGGGUUACGCACACGUACACACACACACACACACACACGCACACACACACACACACACACACACACACACACAUCAGGACGGCACAGUUCUUAUCUUCUCAAAGAGAUGACAUUCUUUGUUUGUUUCAACAGCAGGUGAAAAGAUGAAUAGUCAUCAAGUUGAUGUUGCUACGAGGUGUUGGUCUGGAAGACUGGAACUGGCACUUUAACUGGAAGAUGGAUGUUUAAAAUGAACCUUAUUUUAACCUUGCUAACCCCAAUUUAGUGUCUGGAGGACAUACAAAACACACACAAUGUUAUCCCAGCCAGAAAACUAGAAAUCCGAAAAGACCAGCCGAGUUUAGAGAUGAAGGAGAGAACCAAAUACUUCCUUUCCUUUUGUUUAACCUUCGUUUAGUUGAUGUAAAGAUGCAGCUCUAACGUCCCCAGACUUUAUGACCAGUAAAGGUACACGUGUGAAAUCUGGUGGACAUACGCACUGAGAAAGAAAUGUAAGGACACGUAUCAGAUGUUCCAUGAUCCCACCGUAGAGCUGGUGACGUAUCCUGGUACUCAGGGUUUAGUGUUGGUACCCCAGAAUCAAAGAAGAGCUGCCGGGUCAGUUCAACAAUUAGACAGAGAAUUACACCGAUCAGCCAGAACAUCAUGACCAGCUGCCUAAUAUUGAGUAGGUCCUCCUCCUGACCCGUGGAGGUUUGGACUCCUCUAGACCUCUGAAGGUCUGCUGUGGUAUCUGGCACCAAGC